CUAAAUUCUAUUCCCAAAUCAAAAUUUACUUUACCAGGGAAUUUUUUUACAUCAGUAGGUAUCAAAAUUCAUAAACAGAUCCAUAAAGAAAUGGCGUCUCUACGUAUACCUGUGAUACUCCUUCUCACCUUUGUAGCAGCGAUUCUUACAACUGCCCAUUCCAACGACUUAAUCGUAGGACGUCGUUCACCUGGUGACUUUUUGAUGCAACGUGAUCCCGCUCGAAAAUCUGCGAGCAUCCUCCAAAUCGUCAAAUUGAAGAAGACGUUUACAGGCGAUAAUUACCACAAAAUCACGCAGAUUCGUUUUCUUGAUCAGAAUAAAGUAGGCAAUGGUGCCAAGGUUACGAUUCUCAGUGGUGGACCGAAUUACACUUUUGUUACGGCAGAGUUCAAAAGCCAAAGAAACUAUGGGAUAGAUUUUGUGGUUGAAUUGUAUGGAAGGCAAAGUUUUGUGAACUGAACAUAUAAGCAUAAAAUUUUAAGUUAUUUUUAGAUAAGUAUCAAUAUUAUUGCAUAUUAUAAAUUUUUCUAGUUAAAGUAGUGAAAAAGUAUCAUAUUUAUUGUCUUAUAAAACUUUCAAAUACAAGUUCGUUCAAUUACUAAUGAAUAAUUGUAAAUAACAUUAACGUCUACCAUUUCAAUUCAUUGAGCAUGACAAUAGUCUACUUUUUAUCUUUUCGUAAAUAUAAAUUUUAUUUAAAUGAUACAAAUAGAAAUAAAUGAUAAAGGCAAAAGUAACUUGUUGCUGUAAGAACUAUUUUUUAAAUAAAAUACAAUGAAGAGCUUCUAGAUCCAAUAAUUUUAAAUAUAUUUAUUCCUACGUAUUGUACAGUGGUAUGAUAAGUAACAAAUGUAAUAUAAAAUGUAUUUUUGGAAGAUGAGGCAAUGCGAGGAAAUAAUAAGACGAUUUAUUUUUAUUAAUAGGAAAUAAUUGUUCAUUAUACAGUGUACAUACUUAUUAACUUUAUUUAUUUCU